AUGACGUGCCAGGCGUUCACCAGCGCGGACUCCUUCACGACGCUGGCGGGCGACUCCUCCGCCCUGCCCUUGCUCAUGCACCACGCCGGAGCGGGCGACUGCCUGCCCGUCUCCAGCCACACAAACAUGGUUUCUGCAGUGCCUUCAGGCCUGUCCCUGGUACAGUCAUCCAAGCGCUCCCACAUGCACUUGUCAACCUCUGCACUCAGUAAUGCCUCAGCCGGCCUGCACUACCCUGUGCCACCCUGUCACUAUGGCAACCAGCAGACCACCUACGGCAUGAUGGCUGGUGGCCUAGGACCCUGCCUGUACAAAUUCCCGGAGCACAGCCUGGGCGGGAGCUCCUGCGCUUUGGGGCACAGCUUCCCGCCGCUGCCCCAGGCUGUGCUGGCCGAGGAGCCCGCCCUGGGGGACUUCAAGCAGGAGCUGCGCAGGAAGAGCCGGCCCCCGGAGGACCCGCCCGACAUGGACUCGCCCCAGAUCCGGGAGCUGGAGAAGUUCGCUAACGACUUCAAGCUGCGCAGGAUCAAAUUGGGGUACACGCAGACUAAUGUGGGCGAGGCCCUGGCGGCUGUGCACGGCUCCGAGUUCAGUCAAACCACCAUCUGCCGCUUUGAGAAUCUGCAGCUCAGCUUCAAGAACGCCUGCAAGCUGAAGUCCAUCCUGGCCAAGUGGCUGGAGGAGGCAGAGCAGGCAGGGGCUUUGUUUAAUGAGAGGAUAGGCAUAAAUGAGAGGAAGAGGAAGCGUAGAACUACUAUCAGCCUGGGAGCCAAAGAGGCCCUGGAGAGGAACUUUAUGGAGAAGAGCAAGCCAUCAUCGCAGGAGAUCGUGCGCAUGGCGGAGGGCCUGCACCUGGAGAAGGAGGUGGUGCGUGUGUGGUUCUGCAACCGGAGGCAGAGGGAGAAGAGGGUCAAAACCAGCCUGCACCACAGCUCCUUCCACAGCCUGGCCAAGGAGAGUCCCACCUGCAGGUAG